AUUCUCCGCAUCUGCAAAUGUCAUCAGUUCCAUAUUGUCUGCAUUAAGCAACCAUUUCACAAUUUAUAGUAUAACAUUUUCUGGAUUAUACUCAAGUAAGAAUUUGUAAUAAAUAUAUUGUGGGGUUAACAAACAACAUCCAACAUAAAGUAACAAAAAUGCUGAAUUACUUUCUGUUGUGCUCUUGUAUUGUUCCUACUUUGUUGGGUGCACCAAUUCCAGUGGCGCAAAACGAUGUUAUUUCCCACAUUGUUAUUGUUACACCCCAAGCUCAAGUUCAUCUGGAACCGGCCAUUAAAUACGAUACUUCCGCAUUUAUUCAUCAUCUCUCUCCAUUAGCACGUAUCUUAUCUCCACAUGAUGAUACUAUUCUCUACGUUCCAGCUAAUCCUGCUGCUCCAAUUAUUCCCGUCGAAAACAUAAGCGUGGGCCGUGCGAACAUCAAAGAGCAACUACAGAAACUAGAAACUAAACAAUGGGAUCAGAUUUCGCAGCAAAUUCAACAGGCUGUUCAGACUGGUUCAUCCCAAUUAGGGCCGCAAUUAAGCGAAGCAGCCACUGCAGCCUCCAGCGCUGCUGCAGCUGCCGGACAAGGUCUAUUUCCCGCUUUGUUUCCACCAGGCGGUAGUUCAUCGUCCAAUACUGCAAGUAAGGAAGAUAAGCAAACAAUCGAGUCCUUAUUAACCAGCAAUGCUCGUGUCUAUGCACUUACUCCGGCUGUGUCCCAUGUUGUCGAUUUCGUUCAAUCACCCCUAUUCAUCGGGCCAAUUUCGGCUAUACGAACACGCAGUAUAAAAGAAAGUGAAAUUACUCAAUCAUCCGCUGCUUCAGAGCUAGAAGCUAAAAAAAUAGAUGAAAUACAUUUUAAGGAUAAUGUAAAGACUUUUGAUGAUGCUGUAAAAACGCAGCCACAGCAGGAACGUCAACGCAAUUUAAAAGUAGACCCGUUGGAAAAAAACAAAGAACUUACUGAAAAUGAUAAUAAUGAACAAAUGGAAAAACGUAAUGGGAAUAAAUUACAACAGCCAAUAAAGGAAGAACAUAAUCAAGAAGUCAUAUUACAUCAAUCUACUCAACUUAAAAAUUCAGAAAUUUUUGAUGGCAAUGGAGCUUUUCGUGAAAAUAUGUCGGAAUCAAUAAUCUCUAAAAUUGCUUAAAAUAUCUGACUAUCUGGUAUGGCAUACGUGUAUAAAUACACACAUAUAUAAAAAAAUUGAUUAAGACCUAUGUAUAUCUUCGAACCAUUACUAACACAAUAAUUUACUAUACUACCGCAUUAAAAUACACUUGAUAAUGAAAAAUUUAAAUAAACAUUUUUACAGUAAAAA